UCUACUCGAUCUGUUGGACAGUUUCAGAGGAUUCAGAAGGAAUAGCUUCGUAUAUAUUUUUGACUUAGAGAGAGGGAGUCAUAAGCUCCACAAAACUGCAAAAUACCCAGUUGAGCUUUCUAGCUCCUUCUAAAUUCGUUCAUCAUUUCCAUUCAAAACAGUGGAGUUCAUCCUUUAGGGUUUCAACGGACGAGCGAAACUCGUGUAAGCAGGAGAACCAAUUCGUUUGCAAUACUUUUCACUCGAUGGAUCUCUCAAACAAUAAGCGCCAACCAGAAGGAGAUGAAAAGCAAGUUGUGUCUAGAAAGUUGUCCAAAAUUUCAGAUGAUCAUAAGGAUGAGGAGGAUACGAAGGUGGAUAUGACUUCUCUAAUCCCUUUCCAGUACCAAGGGAAUGAUCAAAAUCACUCACCUUCGCUUAUUCCCCAACUAGGCCGAGACAUCUCCAUGAGUUGUCUCCUACGAUUGUCAAGAUCUGAUUACGGAUCAAUUGCCUCAUUGAACCGAACUUUUCGAUCUGUCAUUCGGACUGGAGAACUGUAUCAGCUCAGGCGAAAAAUGGGUAUCGUAGAAUAUUGGAUUUACUUCUUUUGUGACAUCCUUGAAUGUGAGGCAUUUGAUCCAAAUCGUGGUCGUUGGAUGCACGUGCCUAGAAUGGCUUCUAAUCAAUGCUUUAUAAGUAUAGAUAAGGAGUCGUUGGCCGUUGGUAUGGAACUUCUUGUUUUUGGAAGGGAAAGAAUGACUCGUGUUGUUUAUAGAUAUAGUAUUUUGACAAACUCCUGGUUAUCUGGCCCAGAAAUGAAUGUUCCUAGACGCUUGUUUGCAUCUGCUAGCCUUGGAGAAAUUGCCAUAGUGGCUGGUGGUUGUGAUCAUCGCAGCAAGAUCUUGAGUGUAGUUGAGCUUUAUAACUCAAAUACCAAAACGUGGGAGACUCUUCCAAACAUGAAUAAAGCUAGGAAGAUGUGUUCUGGUGUUUUUAUGGAUGGGAAAUUUUAUGUCCUUGGUGGGAUUGGAGAAGGCCGUACAAUGCAGCUAACAUGUGGUGAGGAGUUUGAUUUAAAGACAAGAAAAUGGCGCGAAAUACCCAACAUGUUCCCUCCUCAAACUAGAGAAGUUGGGGUGGCUGAGAGAAUAUUCAUUACUGAGGCACCUCCUUUGGUUGCAGUUGUAAAUAAUGUAUUGUAUGCUGCAAAUUACUUACAGUGGGAAGUAAGGAGAUAUGUUAAAGAGAGGAACAAAUGGGUCACCAUUGGAAGCCUUCCUGAGGGAGCAACCUCUUUGAAUGGUUGGGGAUUAGAAUUUCGGGCAUGUGGAGAUCAACUAGUUGUUAUUGGUCUGGGUAAAACGGCGUUUGAAAUUAAUUCUUGGGUACCAGAUGACGGUGCACCACAUUGGAACCUGCUUGCCAGAAGAGAAUCAAGGGGCUAUGUGUAUAAUUCCAUAGUGAUGGGAUGUUGAUGUCUUUGGUUUUUGAUAAAUAAGGCUUUAUGGAUUUCUUCUGAAUGGGAUCAACAAAUCAUUACUUUUCAAAGAGAUUGGUUCUAUCUCAUGGGGAUAAUAUUUGCCAUCUCUUUUGGGGGAAAUUUCAGAUUUAGAAGGUUUACAGAUCAAUUAAUGUUUCCUGUUUUUUUUUUUUUCUCUUUUAUUUGUUCGAUCGAAGUCUUUUCCUUUAAAUGACCAAUAGAGCCUUUGGAAAUGUUGGCAUCAU